AUGUUGUUUCGGCAAGGAAAGUGUUUGAUCAAUAGCGCUUUGUCGGUUUUCAAGCGAAUGAUAGAGAAGAAUGUCUUGACUUGGACAGCAAGGGCGACCGGGCUAGCCAUUCACGGUAAGGGCAAUGAAGCAUUGGAGCUUUUGGAGGUAAUGGAGGGUUCUGGAAUAAAACCCAAUGCAGUGACUUUAACCGGCUUGCUUUCAGCUUGUUGUCAUUCGGGCCUCCUUGAAGAAGGCCUCUAUUUGUUCCAUUUGAUGGAGAGCAAGUUUGGUGUCUCGCCUCGGAUGCAACACUAUGGCUGCAUUGUUGACAUGCUUAGCCGCGGAGGGCACUUGAAAGAAGCCUAUGAGUUUAUAGUACGGAUGCCAGUUGAACCUGAUGCCGUCUUGUGGAGGAGUUUGCUAAGUGCUUGCAACCUCCAUGGGGAUGUUGCAGUGGGAGACAAGGUGGGGACGAAGCUGCUCGGCAUACAAUCAGAACAGAGUUCUGCAGAAUCGACUCUAAAGAGCGAGGACUAUGUUGCGUUGUCGAACAUUUAUGCAUCUGCUGAAAGGGAGGAUGUGGAGAUGGUAAAGACAGGAAAUGAAGGUUAA